AUGGAAGCGUUCUCUAUUCGUUAUCCCCCAUUCAAACACUUGUGCUAUACAUUGACGUCGCCGCCGCCGUCGCCGUCGCGUAAUCAUCACCGUGUUCCAAAUCUCCGACAUCAUGGUGGCGUUGGCCGUCGAUCGGCCAUGAGUUUCCCGAGUCUUCGACGAAUCACAACCGCUCUUAAUCGAUCUCAUCGCAAUUCAAUUCAAUUUUCAGUCAGAAGCACAAGUUAUCUAGAUCUAAGUCUUGAUUUCAAUUUCAACAUCACCAUGGAUGAUUCUCAUACUAAGAAGGAAGUCCAAUCCGGUGAUGGCUUGAACGUUGUUAAGGAUACAAAGGAAACGAAGAAGUCGCCGGAGAUCCCUCCGCCUCCGGAGAAACCGUUGCCGGGGGAUUGCUGUGGCAGUGGCUGUGUUCGCUGCGUAUGGGACAUAUAUUAUGAUGAGCUUGAAGAAUAUAACAAGCUUCUAAAGGGAGAAUCCGAUUCUUCAAUCGGAUCAAAGAUCAACCAUUUUGGAAACAAGGGUAGAAUCGUUCAUAAAUUGUCUUUGGGGAAAAUCGACCAAAUUAGAGCAUCCAACUGCAACAUAUCUUCAUUAAACUUCGCUUUCACCAUGGUGUCCACCCUGUUGUAUUGUAAUUCUCUCCAUAUUGCAUUAGAAUUUCUACUUAUCACAGUGAGUGCUUUAUUGAGAAGAAACACUCGUAAGCUCAACUAG